AUGACAGUUGAAGAAAACAAUUUAUUGCAAGAUGAACAAUUUCUCAAAAUACAAAAAUUGAAUUCUAUAGACGGUACUGGAAGACGCAGAUCACUAGUCUAUGACAAACCUGUCCCUGGAUUAGAUAUUAAUCAUGACAGAUCAAGUGAAUUGGUAAAAGAUCCUCUUGGAGUUGACUCUUUAGCUAAUGACGGAAAUAGUGCCAUUAAACCAGUUGUCACAUCAAUCGAUGAUGUGGAGGGUAGAGAUUCUAUCUUAAAAAAUUAUUUAGCUAGACUACAUCAAAUGGAGAAAAGAAGAUACCGUAAAGGGCAAGAGUCUGUUAUUUCUUUCUUCUCUGAUGUGGACUUUGAUACAAGACCAUCAAUGUUGGAUGCUACCAUAGCUGAACCAAUAAUCACGUCCUUUGAUGGCCCUGUCUUAGAAAAGCAAAUCAAAGCAGUUGAAAAGUCAAAGAGAUUUAGCAAGCAGUCAUUGUCAUCAACAAGUUUAAAUGAUUCUACAACUAGCCCUACUCCUACUCUUACUAAUGAUGACGAAAAGAGCCUUGAUAAAAAAUCAGUUGACUCGGACUCAAAUUCAUCCAAUAGACAUGAGAAGAACCGUGUAGUUAUGAUUACAUAUGAAUCGGACUUUACAGGAAUGUAUAUUAUGAUGUGGAUGCUUUUUGGAUGGAUUGCAAUCAGAGGUCUUGUUGAUUAUUCCGUCUCGCAUAAUGGUGACUUAUUGAAUAUGCCAAUACUCAAAGCCAUGACUGAAAGAUGGGGACAGAUUUUCUUAUUUGACGUGAUUAUGUGGUUAACCAGUUUUGUUACCGUUUUUAUCCAAUAUUUAGUCAAAUGGAAAGUUAUUGAGUGGGAUGUUACCGGAAGAUAUCUUUCAGUUUUUCUUGAGUUAGCUCAUGCUACAUUCUUCAAUUACAUAUCCUCAAUGUACUUAAAUUUCAAUUGGAUCACAAGAGUCUUCAUUUUUUUACAUUCAAUGGUAAUUUUAAUGAAAUUCCAUUCAUUUGCCUUUUUUAAUGGUUAUCUAUGGAACAUCAAGAAAGAAUUAGAUUAUUCUAAGGCUGCACUUGCUAAAUAUAAGGAUGUUGCAUCACAGGAUAUCAUUGAGACUUUAAAAAGAUCACAAGAAUUCUGUGAAUUUGAACUAUCAUCCCAAAAUUCAACAAUUAAGUUCCCAGAUAACAUUUCGUUUAAAAGUUACUUCAUGUUUACACUUUUCCCUACAUUGAUAUAUCAAUUUGAAUAUCCAAGGACGGAAAGAAUCAGAUGGUGGUACGUCGUGGAAAAACUUUGUGCAAUUUUUGGUAUAAUCUUCUUAAUGAUCAUGAAUGCGCAAUUGUUUGUAUACCCUGCCUGUGAUAACGUUAGAAAAUUACGUGGGCAAUCUUCGUUAGAUUUGAAAACACGUACGAAGGAAUGGUUCUAUCUGUUGGCAGAAAUUAUUCCACCAAUCACUAUUGAAUAUUUAUUAGUUUUUUAUUUAAUUUGGGAUGCAAUCUUAAAUUGUGUGGCUGAAUUAACAAGGUUUGCCGACAGGUAUUUUUAUGGGGACUGGUGGAAUUGCGUUGUUUGGUCUGAAUUUGCACGUAUUUGGAAUGUUCCUGUACAUAAAUUUUUAUUGAGACAUAUAUACCAUAGUUCUAUGAAUCACUGGAAAUUAAGCACUGUUCAGGCCACAAUGUUCACAUUUUUUUUAAGUGCAAUCUUACAUGAACUGUGUAUGAUAAUUAUUUAUAGAAAAGUUAGACCAUACCUAUUCUUAUUUCAAUUAUCACAAUUGCCAAUGACUUUCAUAACAGUGCAUACGAGAUUGAAGGAGUGGCCCACUCUUUGCAACAUACUAUUUAUAUUUGGUGUUUGUACUGGACCCUCUGUGAUUACGUGCCUAUAUAUGAUCUAUUAA